AUGAUAAAUUUUUUGAUUCUUUUUAUUUUGGGUUUAAAUCACUUACACUUUGUACUUUCAUCCUAUGUCCGAAGAUUAAAUGAGGAAUAAUAAUACUAAACAUAUCCAUUUAACAGUGGAACACAGAACUAUAAUAAAUUUGAUGCUUUUAGUUAUGGAGUUUGGAGCAAAUACCUUCCUUUAAGCAUAAUUUCCUAAGUUGGAUUGAUAGGAAUGUUUGAUAGUCACUGCUUUCUUUAAAACUCAAUUAUUGAAAAUACAAAUAAGGAAAUUAACUUACUCUAUUAUGAUUGUGUUGAUCCAUAAACUAAUACUAUUGAAAAGAAGGUUUAAUUUCUAAGUAGUGAUAAUUAAAUGUACAAUUAUAAAUAUGAAAUCAAUCCUUUAGUGUAUGAAAAUUAUUGGUAUUUUUUUGGACUUAAUAUUGUACCAUCUGAAGGAAGUUUUGGAUUUUUUAUAUUUCAAGGAGAAAAUUUAAUAACAAGUGAACAAUUAAAUAUUUAAGGUCCUUUUAAACAUUAAGAUUUAACAAUAGUUAUAGGAGGAGGUUUAAUUGUAGAAGAAUCAUAAAUACUUUGGAUUCAAGAAAUUUAAAAGCUUUCUUAUUUUCCUGGAAAAUUGGCAAUAUUAAAUCCAUCUAUAGAUAAUUUAUAAGAAAAUUAUGAUAACUUUGAUUAUUUCAAGUAUUUCUAACAAAUGGAUAAUCCAGAAUGUAUUAGCAAAACUAAUUCAUUAAAAAAUUUACCAAAUUUUGACAUUUCCAAAUUAAACCAUGAAGUAUUUGCUUCAGAAAGUAUAAAUUGUGAUGAAUUUUAACUUGAAACUUGGAUCCAAAUUUCAAAUAUUCGUCGAGAAGAUUAAUCAUUUAUUUAUUAAUUGUUAAAAAUAUCAGCAAAUUUCGAGAACCAUUAUGCUAAAAAUGAAAAUUUAUCACCAUUUUAAUUAUUCUAUAAAUUUUCAAAUUCAUAAAUUAAAUUAAUUGUGACUACAUAUAGCUUUUUAUUUCCACUUGUUGAUUAUGAUUUUAAUAAGUAAAGCUUUUUGUAAUAAAAAGAAUGGAGUAUCAAUAAUAUUAAAUUAUGGCAUUUCUUAUAUGUCUCUUUGAGAAAUAAGGUAAUUUAAAUACAAAUUACAUUUUAUGAAGGAUUAGAUUAAACCCUAUAUGAAACUUAAUUUUUAGUUCAUUAAUUCCAUGAAGUAUAAUUUAAAUUAUAAUAUGGAAAUAUAUUAAAAUCAUCGACUAAUUAUUUGACUAGAAUUUUGAAAAAUAUGAAAUUUAGUAAUUCUGCAUCAGAAGUAGAUAUUUUCUAAGGUUGUCAUCAUAGUUGCGAGUAAUGUGAAGGUCCUACAAAUAAAGAUUGUUUAUCUUGUUCAAAAGAAUCAAAACGAAUAUAUAUUCCAUAAUUUAAAGUCUGUGUAUGUCCAUUUGAUUAUAUUGAUGAUGUAGAGUGUAAGAAUACGGAAAACUAUAAUUUAUCACUUGAUCCAGAAUUUGAAUAUCAUUCAACAUUAAAUUGUCCUUAAGGAUAAUUUAAUAAAGAUGGAUUUUGCUUAAAAUGGUAAAUCAUUUCUAAAUUAAUCUAGCCCUUCUUUUAUAAAGGAUACUAUAAUAACAUGUUUGGAAUGUAUUCAAAAUCCUAAAGGUUGGCAAAAUGAUCCAUACUGUUAAACUAAUCUCUAUAUUGAUAAAUAGGGAAGUCCAGCACAAUAUAAAAUUGAUAAUUUAAAGACAUAUUAUAUAUUUGAUGGAAUUGAUAUUAAGCCAUAGUAAUUGGGUUUAUAUCAGAAUCGAUAUAAAUAUCAAUAUCAAGAUAAAUAUCAAGAUCAAUUUGAUUCAGUAUACUUAGAUUUUGAAAAGACAAAUGAGAAUUUUCAAAGAUUUUACUCAUCUUCAAAAAAAACUUUUGAAAGUUAUUUUUGCAAUCUUAAAUAGUGUGAAAUUUGUAUAAUGUUAAUUACAAAAUAAAUUUGCAAAAAAUGUUCAAAUAUAUCGAGAUUAAGAAAUGGAAUUUAUGAAGAAAUCGUUCGUGGGGUCAUUAAGAAAAAUAAUUGCUAAGCUCCUUAUUAUAUAACAUCUGAAAAUCUUUGUAAUUUAUGUGAAAUAGAAAAUUGUUAGUUUUGCUUUGAAUAUUCAAGUAAUGAUUUAACUAAAUGUACUCUAUAUAGUGAAUUUUAAACCUUUUAAAAAGAUGAGUUUCUUAAACUAGGUUGUGCAUUAUGUUUAGAUGGAUUUAUAUUUGAUUUUACAUUAGGUAUAUGCAUUUAUAAAGAAUCAACAUUACCUAAUUGCAAGAGAUCUUUUAUAAACCCAUUAGAUUAAUAAUUAUGUACGUUAUCAGCUAUUUAAGAUUUUGGAGUUGCUCCAGAAAUAACAAACUGUUAAAAAUAUAUAUCUAAUUGUAAAUAAUGUAUUUAAACACCUUAAUCGAUUAUAAAGUGUAUUAUUUGUGAAGAUGGAUAUUCAAGUUCUCUUACAACUGGGCAUUGUAGAAUCUGUCAAGUAGAAUAUGCUAAAUUGUGGAUAGAAGGAGACUUUACUAAAGGUGAUGCUUGGAUGUAAUAAAUACAAAGUUUUUUAAUGUUAUUUCUACCAAAUAAGUAUAUGUAUCCAAAGUCUGCUAACUUUUUACAUAUAACACCUCUUGCAAUCAAAUGUAUAGAUAAAUAUGAAUUGAACCAAAAUUUCUGUAGUUUAUACUGUGAUUUAAAUUGUGUAUCUUGUAAAAAAGAAGAAUAAUCUUAUAAAGGAUUUACUUGUAGCAAAUGUAUUCAGGAUUAUUAUAUGGAACCUUUAAGGACGAUAUAAAAAGAGACAUGUGUAAUUUGUCCUUUGUUAUGUUUGGUUUGUGAAUAAAGAACAACAGAAGAGAUUUAAGUAUGAAAUAGAUAUCUAUUGUAGAAUAUUAAUCCGGCAUAUGAAAUAGAUGAUUAAAAUAGAAAGUAUACUUAUAAAUGUAUUCAAAAAAGGUAACACUAAAAUAUUAUUAUUGAUCCUUAUUAAUAAAUAGCUAAAUAUUGCCUUAAUGGCAUAUGUGACCAACUUAUUUCAUAUUAAGUACAUAUUAAAUCAUAAUUAGCUUUACAAUAAUUGUGAAGAUUUGAGUAAAAUAUUUGAUGGAUGGAGGUCUUAUACUGAUGAUUUAAAUUUUGAAUAUUUUAAUCAAAUUGGAGCACAAAAAUUGAAUUUAAUCAUUCCUAUUCAAGAUUUAUGUAUCGCUGAAAAAUUAUAUGAAGAAUCGUUAACUAAUGAAUUAAAAAAAGGAAUUUUUUCUUUAUUUUGGGUAGAGUUAACAUUUCUAGGUAAUCACUCUCCAUCUACUUAUUAACCAAUAAUAGAAAUAAAAAAUUUUGAUUCUAUCAGUUUCAAAAAACUAACAUUUAUUAUAUUUUAAACCUUAGAAUUAUUUAUAAUUAAUGAUGAUGCUCCUACGAACUUAAUACUUACUGAUUCUAAAUUUAUGGCAAAUAAUUAAGAUUAAAUAAUAUUCUCAAUUUAAAUAAAAUAAUGUCAACAUUUUGAGAUCAGAAAUAUCACAUUAAGUGAUUUAAAUAUAUUAGAUUCUGUUGUAUUUUUAAUAAGAUUUCAAAAUUAAGAUGAUUCAAUCAAAUUACUAAAUUUCACAAUUAGAAAUUGUAAUUUAACUCAAGCUACUCUUUUUCAAUUUUAUGAUUUUCCUAAUAAUACCUUAAUUUAAAAUUUUAAAAUUGAAAAUUGCUAAUUUUUUAACUCAACGAUUUUAAGUUUUAUAUAAGAUAUUAAAACAUAAUCUAUGAUUAAUAUUAUUAAUUUGAUAAUUCAUGAAUCUUUCAUUUAAGAUUCACUAUUAAUUAAUGGCACAGACAUUUAUUAAUUUAAAUUAGUUGAAGUUUCAUUAAAUUUGAAUAAAUUAAAAAAUUCAAAGUUCUUACUAUUUUAAAAUAGUCUUACUAUAGUACUUAUUAUGAAGUUUUAUUUAAUUUGA